AUGUGUGAUGAAAAAUGGAUUGACAAUCGCAAGCAUACGGCACAAUGGUUGGAUAAAGAUGAAAUGUUGAAACACAGUCCAAAAUCAAUUUUCUCACAAAGACACCUGCACACACAAUUCUCCCAUCGCCAGCAGGGAGAAAGACGACGAUCAGGCCCGACCGCCGGGAGCUCCAGGGAAACAGACGCCGCGAAGCCCCGUUGGCCGCGGAGGGAGCGCGGAGGGGCUGGGGGAGGGCGCGGCCUGAGGCGCCGGAGGCAGAGCCGCGCCUGUUUACAGACGCCGCCGCCCUCCGCCAGCCCGCAGACGGGGGUCCGAGAAGCAUUUCCUGUGCGCACUCUCCGCCCGCCCCGGGCCCCAGGAGGAACCGAGGAGCCCGGCGGCCUUUGGCCCCCACCGUCUCGCCCAAGCCGCCGCCGGCGGUGCCCGUGCGGGGCCUGGGGCCGCCGGACUGCCGCGGCCGCCAGGCGCAGGGCGGGCGAAGACAGCCGCCUCCCCGCCGCAGCCGCCUAUUGUUCCCGGCGCGGCCCGCGGCCGCCCGCUCCCCACGCCGCCGCCCGCCGCUCGCUCACCGCGCUGGUCCGAGCAGCAGCUCCUCUCAGCUCCGAGUCCCCGCGGCCGUCGACACUGCCACGGCAGCCGCCGCUGCCGCCGCUGCCACCGUCGACUCUGACUCUGUCCCAGGCCGCCGGGCCACGGCUGCCGCCGCCACCGCCAGCGCCGCCUCCGGCUUCCCACCUGCUGCUGCUGAGGCUGCUCCUGCAGCAGGGGCCAUCUUGUUGGUCUGCCUCCUCUUCCUCCUCCUCGCCCUCCGCCGCCCAGUUGCUCGUUGUCCUCGUCCCCUUCCUCUUCCUCGGGCUCCGGCCCGCCCCGGAGACUGGGGCGGAGACGCGGGCGAGGCUCCUCCUCGGGAGGCGGGGCAGGGGAAGGGCGGGGCGGGCGCGGGAGGAGGGCUCUGAGUCACCGCCACCAACGCCCGGGACGGAGGCCGGCGACGCUCUCCGCCUGGACCCGGAGCGCAGACACGCCCCGAGCCGAGGAACUGGUCCGGCCGUCCUGCCCUCCCCACCAGCGCCUUCGGGCCCGGCGGACGAGUGGCCACACGGCAGGGGUGAAUUGGAAAAUGUUCUCGACCACACCAGCUUUGUCCUUGUCACCCCUCUCGCACAGUCCCGAAAGAGUUCAGCCUCCCAAGACGGUGAAACAGCCCAAGAGCCGGGACACUCCCUGCUCCAAAACGUCUCCCCAGGCCUGUGUGAACAGUAAGCUAUCUGGGAAGGACAGCAAAUGAUCGGCCCAUAGAAGAGCUGCUGGAUCUAAAAUCUAAUCUUGUAGCUCUUUAAAGUUUCUUGUCCCUUGUGGAAAAGGUGCUGUUUUGGUUUUGGGGAAUGAGAGACCCCUUCAAGACAACUCAGUGUAGCUAAACUCUUGCUUUCGAGAAGGGGGAGAAAUGGAAUUCUUUUAAUACCAUUCAGUGCUAAUUUCAAAAUAAAUUGUCUAGAAUACAGGAGAGUCUCCAAAUUAACAACCAUUUAAUCCUCCCCACUCUGCACUGUCUCCUUUUUUUGUUUCAAAUCUUGGCCAAGAGAGCAGAGAUUUUGUUUUUCUGUCCUUUCUUCACUGUAUACAUCACCAAUACCAAGAAAAAUAUUUCUGCCUUUACCUUGUUAGAUUGGAAUCACUGUAACCGUGUUUUUAUAUUGUGUGCAAAACAUAAUCACACACCUUCCUAAACUCAGCAGAACAGUGCUUUUUAAUUGUUAACACCUUCCUGCUACUGAGAUUUCAGCUUCUUUUUAGAAGACCCAUUGAUGUCUUUCUGCUGAUUGGAAUUUGCUUUCUUUGAAGUGACCUAAAUCUGUAACCUUUUCUUUAACCUACUAAAUUGUAACCCCAGUCCUACAAGGAGUAAAUUUCUAUGGGGUUGGGUUGGGGAGGCAUUAGGUUAGCAUAUACUAACCUAAAAGCUAUCUCUUGGAUAGCCUUUCCUUACUCAAACCAGAUCUCUGUCCCCUGCUAAGAAAAACAGAUUAAUCUGUUCCUACUGCUUUUCCUCCUCCUCCCUUCUUCUCACUCCUAGGGAACCUUCCACAACAGAAGGUUUUAGCGGCUGUUGCUAGGCAAACAUGCCAACUUCCCUGUUUAGGUGAAGCAAGUAACUCAACCUCCAUUACAAACAAUUCAGAUAAUGUAAUUUCUUUGAAAUAUUAAUAGUUGGACCUCAGUAAAGCCCUGUAAAGGUUCCCUUAAAAAUAUAAUAAUAUUUAAAUUAAAUUUAUUUUUAUUUCAUCAAUAUUUCAAUUAAAAAGAAGUUAAAAAUGGAGAGGCUUCCCAAAAUUCAUUUUAGUGAUAUAAUUAAACAGAAACAUUUGACAGAAAACAAGAACCACUUUGAAGAAAACACUUUAAGUGUUCACAAUAUAAACUAAUCUGUGAGAAGUCAUUUAUGUUUUGAACUCCCUAGUUAGACUACAAGUAUGAGAUACAGAGGAUUAAAUUGUCCCUUGAAACUGAGUCUAUUUAGGAGAGAGAAUAUGGUUUUUCAGUAACGGAGGAAAAAAAGAUAUUGUGGGUUUUAUUUUCAGAUUAACAAUUAUUUUAAAAUUUUAGCUAGGGAAUUAAGCUUUUCCCUGAUUUUA